GGGAGGGGGGGAGGAAAAAAACUUGGUGACAGGACAGAGGGAGGGAGUAUAAAAGUCAGAUCCAGGGGGUUAGGCAGGAUAAGAGGAAUCUGGUAUUAUUGUACAGGAUAUUUUACAACCUUGCAGGCUGUGUCUCCUGAGAUCAUGGGUGACUUUGAUGCUGUUCUGAAGCACUGGGGUCCAGUGGAAGCAGACUACAACGCCUUUGGGAGCCUGGUUCUGACCCGUUUAUUCACAGAGCACCCAGAGACCCAGAAGCUGUUCCCCAAGUUUGUUGGCAUCCCUCAGGGUGAGCUGGCCAGUAAUGCAGCUGUUGCUGACCAUGGUGCCACUGUGCUAAAGAAACUGGGUGAACUACUGAAGGCCAAAGGCAACCAUGCUGCCAUUCUCAAACCUCUGGCCAACAGCCAUGCAAACAAGCACAAGAUCCCAAUUAAUAACUUCAAGCUGAUCUCUGAGAUUGUUGUUAAAGUCCUGGCAGAAAAGGCUGGACUUGAUGGUGCUGGACAACAGGGCUUGAGGAAUGUGAUGGCCAAGGUCAUUGCUGACCUUGAGGCCAACUACAAAGAGCUGGGCUUCACAGGAUGAGACUGACAUCCUACUAGUCAUACAGAGCUGAAGACAUGAAAAAUAUCCACGUGCAAGUGAUUUUUAUAGGAAAAUGGAAAGCCUCAGCCAUCUGUAUGUUGUAUACUUCUUGCAAUCAGAUUAAGGGUAUUCAAGGUUGCUUGUACUGCAAGACUACUGUACUGCUUUAGACUCCUAGUCACUCAUUAACAGCUUCACGUUUCAGCUAAAUGAAAUUCUUGAUCAGCAUUCUUGAAGUUGGAGACUCAAUGUACUGAAAUCACUCAACAAUAAAAUUUUCUGCACUAAUUUGUCAA